UCUGACUGUAGAAAUUGAUUCACAAAGCGAGCGAGCAAGCAAGAAAUCCAUUAAAGUCAAACACAAAGAGCCUUUCAUCUUCAAACUGUUUGAUUUCCUUCAACCUUCUUCUUGAACAUCAAGAGUGGGAAAGAUUGAGAAUGAUGAGUAAAAGAAGUAUAUACAUAUGGGGAAUUUCGAUUCUUUGCUUUGUGGUUUUGAUGAUUGUUACUCCUACUUAUCCUCAAGAUGAAGACUAUCAUAACUUCGCUGAUCAGCGCACUUUCCUAGGGAUACCUAAUAUGUUGAAUGUGGUUUCAAACUUCCCAUUUCUUAUUGUUGGUCUAAUUGGCUUGGUGCUCUGCCACCAUGGAAAUUAUUUUAGAUUAAGCUUGCAGGGAGAGUUGUGGGGUUGGACAUGUUUUUUCGUCGGUGUGGCAGCUGUUGGUAUUGGUUCUUCUUACUAUCAUCUCAAGCCAAAUGAUGCUACACUAGUGUGGGAUCGCUUGCCUAUGACUGUAGCAUUCACAUCAAUUGUGGCUAUUUUUAUUAUUGAAAGAGUUGAUGAAAAGAAAGGAACAAUAUCUAUCAUUCCUCUAAUGAUGGUGGGUAUAAUAAGCAUUUUGUAUUGGCGUUUUUUUGAUGACCUACGCCCAUAUGGAGUAGUCCAGUUCGUCCCUCUUAUUGCUAUUCCUGCUAUGGCUAUCUUAAUGCCCCCAAUGUAUACACAUUCCACUUACUGGCUGUGGGCUGCAGGAUUUUACCUCUUGGCUAAAGUGGAAGAACAAGAAGAUAAAGUGAUCUAUGGAUGGACUCAACAUAUUGUUAGUGGACAUACUCUCAAGCAUUUAUGUGCCGCAAUGGUUCCUGUUUUCCUAGCACUCAUGCUUGCGAAGAGAGAAAUUGAACCCCAGAGGCAAAGUUUGCUCACGACAUGGAGAAUCUCCUAUAGGAGAGUUAAAGAAAGUCGCUUGAAUGGGGAGCGUCAAGAAUAUAACUACACUGAAGUUAGAACCACAGAAUCAUAGAAGAAAACUCUCUGCUGAACUAACCUCUAUAUCGCUCACCUGCUGAAGGUAUAACCUGUAACUUGUUUUACCUUUAUAGACAAUCAUAUAUGUCGUGGUCUAGAUUCUUAUGUACAAAGCUUUCAGAUAGUACUUGAUGUUUGUUAAUAAUUCUUGUCAUGUAAAUUUAUGACAUAAUAUAGAUCAACACUUAUAGUUUUGCUUGUUUCUUACACUUCUGCUUAUACACAAUUACUUUCUCA